AUACCAAUCAUGGGGACUUCCGACGCUAGUUCGAGUGGGCUCUGGGAGAACGUGGACAGUCGUGUGGAAGAGCAUGCGACCAUGCACCAAGUGCAGUCUGCUAAUCAUGGCGUUUCUACCAGGGCUCUGGGCCAGUUGUUUAUGAUGUUGUGUGCAGGGCUUCGAUGGGACCGCAGUGACUCCUCAGAUACGUACUCUUAUACAAGAACAUCAUCUUGGGUCGAUCCUUCUGACAGCCAAGAAUUUGAAGUGUGA